CGCAGGCUCGUCGCUCCUGCCCGCGCCCCCCGCUGCUCCGCCUUCGCCCUCGCUCCGCUGGCCGGCCGCUCCUCCUUGUGCGCCUGCGUCUUGCCCCUGCGUCGUCUGCCUCGCGCCCUCUCCGCUCCGCCACGCGAGUCAGCAGCGCGCCCGUCCGCGCCGCUGCGUCCUCUGCGCCUGCCGCGUGCCAGGAAUGAGCCAGAGCCAGAGCCAGCCCGCCGCUGCCGCUCCGUCUGCCUCCGGUCCCCGCGCGCCCGCUGCCAGCACGGGCAGCGCCGCCUCGCCCGCGCUCACCGCCAAGGCGCCGGCCUUCAACUACGCCGCCGCCGCCAACAAGGCCCGCGCACCGCCGCCGCCGUCGUCUGCCGUGCCCGGCUCCGAUGCGCCGCACGCCGCCGCGAGCUCUGCCACUCCGACGUCGAUGCCCAAGGGCACCCUGAACGCCUCCUCCAGUAGCAGCGCCACCGAGAGCGCGCCCGCUGCCAACGGCCACACGCGCCGCCAGUCGGCCGUCAGCCUCGCCAAGGGUCCUGCGCCCGCCGCACGCAUCGCCGCGUCGAUCAACUUUGGCUCCGUCGCGGACCAGAACAGCAUCCUCUCCUCGUCGCCCGCCGCGCAGCCCAGCUCCGGGCAGCACCUCAAGGGCAACCAGCCCACGCAGUUUGGCAGUCUCGCUGCAGACGCAGCAGACGCCAAGCAGGCGCGCGAGAAGGUCAUGGGCUUCAAGCCCGCCGGCGGCGAGGCCGCCGCGGCGCCUGCCAACGGCAGCGCGGCCGCCGCCACGCCGAGCGAGGGCACCGCGCCCGCCGCAGCCGUGACGCCCGCCAAGCCGGCGCGCACCGUCGACUUCCAGAAGCUCUUCCAGGGCGGCGGCUCGAGCAGCUCGUCGCACGCCGCGCAGCCGGCCGCCGCUGGUGCAGGUGCCGACGGCGCCGCCGCUGCUGCGCCUGCCGCCUCGUCGCCGCAGCAGCAGCACCAGGGCGCCGCCGCCACGUCGAACCAGCAGCACCGGCCCUCGGCGCUGCGGCCGCCGCAGCACACGGCGCCGCGCUCGUUUGAGAACCAGCGCUCGCCGUCGCAGACGCACUACGCGCCCGGCACGCCCGGCAAUGCGCGCGGCCCAGGCAACAACGGCGCACCGGGCAGCCCGUACCAGGCGCACCACGCCGGCCCGCACGGCCAGCAGCCGCGCUCGCCGCACAUGGCCCACGCGCCGCCGAUGCCGCACAUGCACAGCAUGAACGCGCCGCAGCAGUGGCAGCAGCAGCAGCAGCCGCCGCAGCAGCAGCAACAGCAGCCGCCGCACAUGUACGGCUACUAUCCCGUGCCGCACGGCUACUACCAGCCGCAGGCGCCGCAGCCGCACUGGGCCGGGCAGCAGCACGCGCCGUACGACAUGGCCCAAGGCCAGCCGCGCUCGCCGCGCAACAUGCCCGCCUCGCCGAUGGGCGUGCCGCAGAACGGCAUGAGCAGCGGCGCGCCGUCGACGCCCGGCCUCUCGUCGCCCGCCUCGACGCGUGGCUCGGCCAUGCCCGCCACACCCUCCGCCACGGGCUCGCCGCACCCGGCGCACAUCGGCAUGGGCCAGCCGCCAAACGCGCGCGGGCCGGCCAGCUUCGCGCCGCACGGCGGUCCGGCGUUCGGCCACUCGCCGUCGCACUCGUUCAGCAGCAACACGAUGAGCCCGGCCGCGCAGCGCUUCGAGCCGUCAAAGCGCACCAGCAGCGCCAUUCCCAUCGUCAACCCCGAGACGCGUGCCUCGGUCGACAUCAAGGUCUCGUCGCCCGCCCCUGCGCCCGCAGCGCCCGCACCGGCCGCCGCGCCGUCGCCCGCCGUCAGUAAGGCCGCUGCCGCGACACCACCCGUCGCCGCCGCCUCGCCCGCGCCCGCCUCGCCGGCCGUGAAGAGCAAGGCGACGACGACGCAGGACUUCAUGGCGCAGGUCGCAGCCAAGGCCGCCGAGGCCAAGGCCAAGCGGGAAGGCGGUGCCUCUGCUUCGGCCAAGGCGGCCAAGGAGAAGGAGGACAAGGAGAAGGCCGACGCUGCGGCCGCCGCCGACGCUGCUGCCGCCGAGGCCAAGAAGAAGGCCGCUGCUGAAGAGGCCGAGCGCGUGCGCAAGGCUGAGGAGGAGAAGGCCGCGGCUGCCAAGGCGGCGGCUGCCGCCGAGGCCGAGGCUGCCGCUGCUGCCGCAAAGAAGGCCGAAGAGGAGAAGAAGGCCAAGGAGGAGCAAGAAAAGGCCGCUGCCGCUGCUCGCGAGGCCGAAGAGAAGGCUGCCGCUGAGCGCAAGGCGCAGGAGGAGAAGGCGGCGCAGGAGAAGGCCGAUGCCGAGCGCAAGCAGCGCGAGGAGCGCGAGGCCAAGGAGGCCGCCGACGCCAAGGCUGCUGCGGAGGCCAAGCAGAAGGCCAGCGACGACGAGAGCGCCAAGGCAGACGCUGCCAAGGCGGCCGAGGACUCGUCUGCGGCCCAGGCAGAGGACGCGAAGAAGGCGCGCCCCGAUGCGAUCGACACGUCUCUGCAAGAGUCGGCCGACGCCCUCGACGCCGGCUCCGCCCCGCGGCGGUCAGUGGCCGACAUUGAGCGGAUGGCUGCCGAGGCCUCGUCGAUGCCGCAGACGCCGCUUGACGGCCCGCCGCCGCGCACGCCCGGCAUCCCGAGCACCCCGCGCACGCCCGGCACGCCCGGCUUUGGCGGCCUGCCCGCCAAGCCGCAGAUGACCUCGGUGCCCUCGAGCACCAACGUCAAGCUGGACGCCGAGGCGCUCGAGAAGCGCAAGCGGCCCGCCGUGGCGCAGCUCGACCUCAGCAAGACGCCGUCGGGUGCCUCGUCCGAUGCACCGAUGUCCGCAGCGCUGCAGUCGCUCGGCUCGGCGCGCUUCAUCGAGGACAUCAGCAAGGUCGCCUACCCGACGUCGAUGCAGUCGCCGAAGCCGGAGCUGAACGAGUCGGCCGAGCCCGGCAAGUUCCGCUACGACCGGGACUUCUUGCUGCAGUUCAUGGGCGUGUACAAGGAGAAGCCGGUGGACCUGCCGCCGCUGGCCGAUAUCGGCAUGGACCCGUCGCAGGCGCAGACAGGCCGCUCCGGCGGCGGCCGGCGGACAUCCGGCAUGGGCCCGCCGGCACCUCCGGGGCGCGGCGGCUCGAUCGGCCUCGGCCUCGGCGGCAGCUCUGCCUUUGGCAAGGGCGCCGGCGGCAUGGGCUCCUUCGCACACCCCAAGACGAGCGAGGAGCGCUUUGCCGCCUCGAGCGCACGCUCGGGCAGCGCAUUUGGCAGCGGGCCGAUGGGCUCGUUCAACGCCGGCGCCCGCUCGCAGCCGCUCUCGCGGCCCGCCAGCGGCAGCAGCGCGAUGCCGUCGCGCGACAUGAUGGGCACGGGCGUGCCCGCCGGCGGCCGGUCCAAGUCUGGCCGCGGCCGCGCGCCGAACCCGAACGCCGGCGGCGGCGGACGCAACCAGGUCAAUCCACCCGAGAAGGGCGGCCCGACCAUCCCGCUGGAUCAGGUCGUGCCGCUCGCCAUGUCCGAGACGCGCUGGCAAGGCACGCGCGGCGCCCAGAGCGCCAAGGCCGACUCGCCCGAGAUGGUGCAGCGCAAGGUCAAGGCGCUGCUCAACAAGCUCACGCUCGAGAAGUUCGACAGCAUCUCGAACCAGGUGCUCGAGUGGGCCAACAAGUCCGUCGACGAGACCGACGGCCGCACGCUGCGGCAGGUCAUCGCGCUCAUCUUCGAGAAGGCGACCGACGAGGCCGCGUGGUCGGAGAUGUACGCGCGCCUCUGCCGCAAGCUCAACGAGGAGCUCAGCCCCGACGUGCGCGACGAGGCGCUCAGCUCGGAGAGCAAGCCCGCGUUCGGCGGCACCCUGUUCCGCAAGUACCUCAUCAACCGCUGCCAGGAGGACUUCGAGCACGGCUGGGCCGCGCGCGACGCCACCGUCGCCGCCGCCAAGUCGAAGGAGGUCGAGGACAAGGCGAAGAAGGAGCAGAACGAGCGCAACGAGACCGAGGCCAAGGAGGCCGAGGCCCGCGGCGAGAAGCCUGCUGCGGCCCCGCAGGAGGCUGCGCUGCUGUCCGAGGAGUACUACGAGGCGGCCAAGGCCAAGCGCCGCGGCCUGGGUCUUGUGCGCUUCAUCGGCGAGCUGUACAAGCUCGGCAUGCUCACGGAGCGCAUCAUGCACCUGUGCAUCAAGAAGCUUCUCGCCAACGCCACCGACCCCGAGGAGGAGGAGAUCGAGUCGCUGUGCAAGCUGCUCACGACCGUCGGCAAGACGCUCGACGGGCCCAAGGCCAAGCAGCACAUCGACAUCUACUUCACGCGCAUGGCGGAGAUGCGCGAUGCGCCGGGCGUCAACUCGCGCAUGGCCUUCAUGCUGCAGGACGUGAUCGAGCUGCGCUCGCGCGACUGGAUCCCGCGGCACGACAACGCCGCGCCCAAGACCAUUGCCCAGAUCCACGCAGACGCUGCGCGGGCAAAGGCACAGAACGACGCCGAGAACGCAGCGCGGGCGGCCCGUGGCGGGCCGAUCCAGCGCGGCGGCUCGCGGCGUGGCCAGGCGCGCGGUGACUUUGGCGGCGUCGGCGCCGUCGGGCCCGACGGCUGGAGCACCGUGGCGCCGCCGCCGCGGCAGAGCAAGGUCGGCGACCUGUCGAGCUUCGGCAAGGGCAUCCACCGCAGCGAUUCGAACCGGCCAAUGUCGGCCAUCGGCCCGCAGAGCGUCUUUGCCAAGAAGAACCAAAAGUCGGAGGACGGGAGCAACCCUCCGUCGCGCACCAACUCGACGACGAACAUGUUCCACCUGCUCAACCAGCAGAGCGAGGCUCCCGAGCCUGCUACGCCGGCUUCCGCAGAGCCGCAACGGCCAAAGCUCAACCUCGCGCCGCGCACGAAGCCGAUGCCCAGUGCCGACGGCAAGGACGACGAGGACGAAAAGGAGGCCGACGACGCCGCUGCCGGCGACGAGGCGGGCAAGAGCAUGUCGGACGAGGAGGCCAAGCGCAAGAUCGCCAACGACAUCAAGGAGUUCCUCGCCGUCAAGGACAUCAGCGAGGGCAAGCUGGCGCUCGAGGACCUGCCGGCGCCGCGGCGGUCCGAGUUCAUCGACAAGAUCUUCGGCACGGUGCUCGAGCGCAAAGAGUCCGAGGUGCAGCUCGUGUGCGAGCUGCUCAAGGCGGCGCGCGAGGCGCAGCUCCUCUCGGACGACGACGUCGUCAGCGGCCUCAAGGAGACCAUCACCAUGCUCGACGACAUCAGCGUCGACGCGCCGCAGGCCUUCAAGUUUGCCGCCAUGGUGCUGCACGCCUCGGGCCUGCCCGACGACAAGAUCCAGACGCUGGCCGACGGCAUGGAGGGCGAGGGCAUCACGCCGCCGAGCGCGAAGCUGAUGAAGAAGCUCGCCGAGGUGCGCGAGGCAUGAGCUGCGCCUGCGCGUGUCAUGAUGGCCACAUUGCCUGCGUCCCGAGCGAGUUCGAGAGCUCGUACAAAAGUGGCCCCGACCGCGCCGGCCGCGCCACGAGCGCGCCUGCCUCACUGACCCAUCCACACCCUCCCCUCCCCCAUGCUAUGCUCACCCCCAGCCACACGCUGUACAUCUCGUCUAUCGCAUGCGCUCUCUCCUG